AUGCUCGCACUUUUCAUGCUGAUUCCCUUGGUUGUAAGGGCCAUCUUCCAAUACACCGUCAACUAUGGAGAGGUCAAAACACUCUUCAACAUUAACGAUGCCCUGGAGGCUGAAUUGAUUUUGUUAGAGUACUCAUUCCUCAUAACUCUCUAGUCCAACCGAAGAAGCUUAGUGCUCUCUCCUCAGUCCCACUAUUCAGUUCCAAGAGGAAACGAUUCAUCGAUUGUCAGAAUACACUGAUUUAAAUACUGAUGAUUUGCUCAUUGAUAUGAUCACUCUAAAUGACGAAACUCAAAUAGGCCUCACUGCAAAUUCCAACCUAUUCUACUUCUAUAAUUCAACCAAUACAACCACUCUAUAUAAACUAAGCAUCAACAUUGAUUAGGAAAUAUUACCUUAAUUGCUUUAUUCGCCUUAAUAAUUAAUUAUUAUAUAUCCCAAGAUUGCAUAUUCAGCAGAUACAUAAUAAGGAAGUGAGUGGAAAUUGGUUCCCACUCUCCAAGGUAGAACUAAUCGCUACUACUCAAAAAUAAUAAAUUCAUAUUUGAUAUCUGCAGUUGGAAGUGAUGGCUUGGAUAUUUAUCGCAAUCUCACACUUUUGAAUACCAUAGAUACAGGAUCUGUUGGACUCCAAAAUAUUGAUUUCAGAGACUUUGCUGUUUAUCAAUUAAAUGAUAGGAAAUUCCUCAUAUUUAUCCUAUGCAAAAUCAAUGGGGUUGUAGUUGUGGAGUUGUCCUUCCUUAGGGAAUAGAUAGCCUUUAAACUACUUCUAAAACAGAUUGGCCCCAAAUCUGAUGGAAUUGUGAUUGACAUUUGGGAUGAAUCGAAUGUAUUUGUGGCUUACAAAAAUAACCAUUAUUAUUAUUUGGUUCACUACAAUAUUGAACCUUACAAUAAGAAAUGGAGUUCCAUUGCCAAAUACAACAUAUCCAAUCGAAUCAUAGACAUUGAUGUAAAUGAAAACUAUGUUUUGGUUUAAGGAACUUACAAUCAUCAUUUUAUUUAGUAUAAGAAAUAACAGAGCAGUGUCUCAUUUCACCUGGGCGCAGUCAAACAGUUCGUAUCAUCAUAGAAUUAUAUUUAUGGCACUACCUCUAACUACUUAUUCAAAUUUCGUCCUCUAAUAUAACCAUAUUCAAUCAAAUGCUAUAUCGAGUGUAAAUUAAUUCAAUAGAAAUUUUAGCUGAUCAACAAUUCAUUCGAUAAAAGUACAAAUUACUUUAUAAGACACAACUAAAUUGGCAAUCGACAGAAUUCGAAGUUCUCUUCAAUCAAAUGCCAUUUUCGAUAUCAACAAAUUUGAUAAUUUUAAUUAUCAUAUUAUCAAUCAUCGUACUCCUUGGGAUCCUUGCUGCCUAUCAAUAUAAGCAAUAUCAAAACAGGAAUAAUGAAAAAUUAAACUUGGAAUAGAGAAUCUAAUAUUUACCUCAAAACAGAGCUUCAAAAUUAUUGAUGCCUCAUACUUUUAGAACUAUCUAACAACAUGUCGAAUAAAAAAUGAACACAAUGAAUUUCACAGAUGAAACUAUGUAUCCGAAAGAUAAAAGAAUAUUUUGA